CUCGUGAACUUGAAAAAGCGGGAGCAAUAUGAGAACGUUCCAAGUAUUGUUCGCCGCCUUCGGCGUUGCCGCUGUCCGCUCUCAGCUGAUCACCUCGUCCAGAGGAAUCAGCUAUGGAAGCGGAUUAGGAUCCAGCUACGGAAGCGGAUUCGGAUCCAGCUACGGAACCCUUCUCGGUGGCGGCGGCGGCUACGGAACCGUUCUCGGUGGCGGCAGCGGCUACGGAACCGUUCUUGGUGGCGGCUUGAGCUCCCUCGGAGGAUACGCGACUUCCGUUCCCGCGUCGGUCAGCGUUGCCCGAACCAUCUCUGCGGGACCUGCUGUCAGUUAUGCGGCCGCGCCGAUCGCUACCCGUGUUGCGACCGUUGCUGCUCCCGCCUACUCUACCAUCUCGGCCGCCCCCGCCUACUCCACCAUCUCGGCCGCCCCUGCCUACUCCACCAUUUCGGCCGCCCCCGCCUACUCUACCAUCUCGGCUGCUCCCGCCAUCUCGACCGUGGGCGUAUCCGCCGCCCCCGUCAACGUCGGCGUGAUUUCCGCUGGAGGAGCCGCCACUGUCCGCUCUCACGAAAUUCACACCGGCUCUGGAAAUCAAGCUAUCCGUAUCGAAGAUUUCCAAGCUGGGGAUCAAGUCAUCCGUGUCCACGAAGGACCGCAAGAGGGUCCUCAGGUGGCUCAGGUCCAAGUUCCCGGGGAACAGCAUCACGUCCGGGUCAUCAACCACGGUUCUGGUCGCGCCCAGGUCGAGCGCGUUGUGGGCCGCGCGCCCACUCAAGUCAUCGAUGUCCAGAAGCCCGGUCGUCCCGGAGCUCGCAUUGUCCAAGUUGUCAAGGGACAAUCCCCACCUCCCGCAAUUGAGUUCGUUCAGGACGGAGGAAGCUCUCACGAAGUCUACUACGCGGACGAUGUCGGAGCCGGAGGAGCCAUCGGAGGAGGGCUCGUUGGCGGAGGAACCAUCGGAGGAGGUCUCGUCGGAGGAGGCGUAAUCAGGAGCGGUGUCAUCGGAGGAGGCCUCGUUGGCGGAGGACUCAUCGGAGGAGGAGUAAGGACCGUUUCUGCUCCCGCCAUCACUGUCGCAAGAUCUGCACCCGCAAUCACAGUCGCCAGGGCUGCACCCGCUAUCUCCUAUGGAACCGGAACCGGAAUCUCCUACGGGACUGGACUCGGUUACGGGAGCGGAAUCUCCUACGGUUCGGGGCUCGGUUACGGAAGCGGAAUCUCCUACGGAACUGGACUCGGUAGCGUGCGAUACACCAGCGGUUACGGCUCCGGCCUGGGUGGGGUCACCUACGGUGGCGGCCUUGGGUACGGUCUCGGCCAAAGCACUUACGGACUCGGCUAUGGAUCUCCGGCUAUUGUGUCGUCGUACGCUAAGAAAGCCAGCGCUGCUGCUUCCAAAGCAAAAUCCUCGAGACUCAUAAGUCAGACACAACAGGGCGGUGUUAUCUCGGUUUUCGCCGAGCGGGUCACACCGAGCGCUGAGGGUAAGGAGCCGACGCUCUGGAAACAGACGGCGGUGAUCGAAUACAAUCGUUCUGCUAUAAAUACCACAACUGAGUGGAGGAACGCCGCCCCAGUGCUCUGUCAAGUCAUGAAGGUCGUAUCGCUGCUCGCCGCUUCGUCUCUAGUGGUUCUCACUUCCUCUCAGACGGUCAACCGAAUCCCCACAACAUAUCUCAACGGUGGCUCUUUCCAACAGCAGCCGGCGCUCCCUGCCGCGCAACUCUUCCAUUCAUACUUGCAGGGCGCAGGAGUGCCCACCUACACACAAUCUUUGCAGCCGAUUCAACUACUCCACCAAAGCAUUGCGCCGAUAAGUGAUGGCAGUCAACGUGGACUCUUUCUUGCACCCAAUCAACUCAUACCGAUCUCGCGUCAAGCGCUAGUCUCCGAGCCGGGAGAACUCCGGCAAAGCCAAGAACGAACCCAGGUUUUCGCCUUCCAAACAGACCCCUACAACCAGAUCCGGCUUCUGCAUCGGGAUGAGCCUCCGAGGAUCGAACAAGUUUCUAUCAAAGACCCGAGAGUGAAUGUUUUCCACGUGGAAAAACCAGUCCAGCCGGCGCCGACCAUUCUGCAGGUGAAUGAUUGCGAUGCCUCUGUUGGCUUCGGUCUUCUAGUUUACCAUCUCCUCUCAAUCAUGAGAGCCUUCCAAGUCCUUGCCGUCACCUUGGUAGCUACCGCUGCUCGAGGCCAAAUCAUUUCCGGCUACGGUUCUAACUUGGGCGGUUUUGGCAUUGGAGGACUCUCUUACGGGAGCAGUUAUGCCCCGUCGGUCAGUUACGCGACGCCCGUCUCCGGCUACGCUGCUGUGCGUUCCCCCGCGAGCGUCGGCUACAGCACCGGAUCGGUGAUUUCCGCUGCGCCCACCGUUUCCGUGGCGGCUGCUCCUGCGAUCUCCGUCGCUGCCGCGCCCGCAGUGUCCCUCGGAGGUUACGGAGGUUACGGAGGUUACGGCGCCGGAUACGGCUCUGGCAUCUCCUACGGUACCGGGAUCGGUUCUGGCGUUUCCUAUGGAGGUGGAAUCGGUGGAGGAGCCAUCGUCACUGGAAACGGUGGCGGAAUCCGCUCCCACGAGAUCCACACCGGCGGUGCAGGGAACGCCAUCCGCAUCGAGGAGAUCAAAGCUGGAGGACAGCUCAUCCGUGUUCACGACGGCCAGAGACUCGGAACUGAGGUCCUGAACGUCCAGGGACCAGCCGCCGCUGGCAACCACAUCCGCCUCAUCUCCCGCACCGGCCCCACUCAAGUUCAGCGCUCCGUCGUCCAAGAUCCCAAUGUUCAAGUCUUCGAUGUGGUCAACCCCGUUCAGCCCGGAGACCGAAUCAUUAACAUCCGCAAAGCGCCCGCCCCCCCUGCCCAAGUUGAGCUGGUAGCCGAACAACACCACGGCGUUCCCGAAAUUCACGUCGGCGGAGAUGAAGCCAACAUCCAAGUCCAACACGUCGGAGGCGGACUCGGAGGGGGUCUGACGAGCACUGCCGUUCUCGGUGCAGUCGGUGGUGGCAUCGCUGCCGCUCCCGUCGCAUCUUAUGCCGUUUCCGCUCCUGCCGUCCAAACCUUCGCUGCCGCCCCCGCUGUCUCCUACUCCUCAGGAGUGCGAACCAUUGCCGCGCCCGCUGUCUCCUACGGAACUGGCUUGAGCUACGGUCUCGGAGGAUCAGGUUUGAGCUACGGACUUGGAGGAUAUGGUUCGAGCUACGGUCUCGGAGGAUAUGGUUCGAGCUACGGUCUUGGAGGAUAUGGUUCGAGCUACGGUCUUGGAGGAUAUGGUUCGAGCUACGGCCUCGGAGGAUACGGCUUGAACUACGGCCUCGGGGGGAACUCGUACGGCACCACCAUCGUGGGAAAGAAAGCGAAGAAAAUCCUCGGAGUGGCCCUCGUCGCCUCCUCUGCCUCGGCGGUCCACAACACCUACUCCACCAUUUCAUCUUCAUCCUAUGGCUUGGCGGCUCCCGUUUCCUAUGGAUACGCCGCUGCCGCUCCGGUCGCCUAUGCUGCCGCUCCGGUUGCCUAUGCCGCUGCUGCUGCCCCCGUCUCCUACAGCGUGGCCGCCCCUGCUGUGGUCAGUGCUCCCGCUGCGAGCGCCGCCGUUGUGAGCGCCCCUGCUCCUUCUGUCCGCUCCCACGAAAUCCACACUGGAGGCGCUGGAAACUCCAUCCGGGUCGAAGAACACCGCGCCGCCGGACAAGUCAUCCGUGUCCACGAUGCUCCCCAAGCCCCGACCCGGGUGAUCAACGUUCAAGGACCCGCCGCCCCCGCUAACCACAUCCGUCUCAUCUCCCGCGACGGACCUACUCAAGUUCAGCGACAGGUGUUCCAGAACCCUAACGCCCAGGUCUACGAUGUUGUCAACCCCGCCAGACCCGGUGACCAGAUCAUCAAUAUCCGUGGUGCCCCCGCUCCGCCGGCUCGCGUUGAGCUUGUUGCCGAGCAGCAGCAUGCUGCUCCUGAAAUCCACGUCGGAGGAAACGAUGUUCCCACCCAAGUCGUCCGGGCCGGUCCCGCUGCCGUCGCUGCCCCCGCUGCCAUCUCCUAUGCCGCUCCCGCAGCCAUCUCCACAUACGCCGCUCCCGCUGCAAUCACUAGUUACGCUGCCCCCGCUGCUAUUUCCACCUAUGCCGCGCCCGCAUACUCGACCUAUGCCGCUCCCGCAUACUCGGCCUAUGCCGCUCCCGGUCUUACCACCUAUGGUUUGGGCUACGCACACUCUGGCACCUACGGAAGCACUGCUGUCUUGCACAAAGCCUAAUUCAUCUUACAAUUCCUGGUGAUAUAUGUACAGCAUGUGUUGAUAUAUACGAAUAAAUACAAAUAUUCGUCAAUGAUAU